UCAUUUGAUUUUACGCAUUUAUUUGAAGUCAUCAGUAUAGCAGCUGCGAAGAACAACUCUAUCACGAUACCAUUAUGGAUCACUCUAUCUCAGCAUUAUUUAUAGCAUCAGUCGUACUAGCUCUGCCAAUAGUGUAUAAGACAUUGCAGGUAUGUCUGGUAUUUCUUCUAGCUCGUUGGAAAAAUAGAGAAGGGAAAUUAAUGCCAGGAGAGCUUCCAAAAUUACCAUUUGGUGAUUUUAGUCAAGUUAAUUUCUUUGGACGUGAGCUUUCUAAAAAACAUGGACCCGUUUAUUAUAUCUGGAACUGUUUGACGCCCGUCGUAAUUUUAUCUGAUGCAAAAGCUAUUCGUAGCUUUUACACAGAUCACUAUUCACACAUUAGAGAAGCUGACAUGUUUUGCCUUGGAGCUGUAUUCGAGAGUAUCUUUGGUCGUUGCAUGGCCACAAGCCACGGGAGAGACGAGGUGAAAAGAUGUCGAGGACCUUUCGAGAAGUACUUUUCAGCUUCUUCAACAGUUAAUCAUAUGAACGUAAUUGGACGAGAGUGUAAAGAUUUUAUUCACACCUUGAAGCCAGGACAAGCCAUAAAUCUUAAAACAUCUAGGAUGGAAGAUGUCACGCUUCGAGUGAUCGUGCAUUUAGUAUACGGAGGAGAAGUACUCGAAAAAUACUUUCAUAAAAUUAUUGAACUUCAAAGUAUGCUUGAAGACGCAGUUGCUGACAUUAGUCACGGCACCACACGUCUACCUCUGUACAAAAAGGUGAAAUCGACAACAAACAGCAAAGUAAAAAGGUUUAAUGAAGCAUGGGCAGCCUUUAAUCACGACUUGUUUGCUUUAUACGAAAAAGGAAAGCUUACCGGCAAAGAUGGCUUCUUCUUUGACUCCAUGGCUCUUCUCAAAGGAAACGCUUUGGGGAUCGAUGAAGAAGAGUUCCUUCAAUCACUGGAUGAGAUUUUAUUGUUGAACAUCGAUGUAAGUUUUGCUGCGACAUCAUUUGCAAUAGCAGACCUUGCAAAGUACCAGGAUAUCCAAAUCAAACUCCGAGAUGAGGUAGACAACCAAUUGAAAGGAUUGGAACCGAGUAGUUUUGAAAACUUGGAGAAGAAACUACCGUUCAUGGAAAUGGUUCUGAAAGAAAGUGCACGAAUGCAUCCAGCGUUGGCGCUCAGUCUACCAGAAAAAACGAAGAAAACCACUGAUUUGGCAGGUUUCAUCGUACCUAAAGGGACAACAGUAUGUGUCGAUCCUUUUUCACUCAAUUACUCUGAAACGUAUUGGGAUAAUCCGGAUGUUUUUGAUCCGGAGCGAUUCGCUGCUGGAAAGAAUCCUGUACCUGGUUCAUUUUUCCGUUUUGGUUUGGGUCCAAGGAAAUGUUUGGGAUAUCGAAUCGCUUUGGCUAUCACAAGGAUCGUCGUUGCCUCAUUUAUACAGCGAUAUGAAAUACAAUUGUUCGACAAAAAUAGCUUUGCCCACGUUAAAAGCACUGGGAUGCUAUUUUUCACACCCUACUUAAGUCCUGAUAUAAUUUUGAAAUGUAGAUGAGCAACGCAAGUAUUUCUUUAAACUAAACUGCAUUAAAAUUACUAGAUUCUCGAAUUUGAAUAUAGCAGCCAUAAAAAAUAUCAAAACACAAGCCUGUAAACAUUUCUGUGCUGUUGGUUGCAACUGAUUUUAUGAAUGUUAAGUUUAAUUAAUCAUAUUAAAUAUUAUAAGAAUAAAACACGUCAUUUUAACUAUUCAAAA